AUCGCAAAAAUGUCCUAUGAACUAAAGCAAGUGUUCGCCAGUCUCCCGCAAAUGGAAAGGGGCGUUUCCAAAAUCAUUGGAGGUGAUCCCAAAGGAAAUAACUUUCUCUACACCAACGGGAAAAGCGUCAUCAUCAGAAACAUCGAUAAUCCUGCCAUAGCCGACAUCUACACGGAACAUGCUCACCAAGUUACUGUUGCCAAGUACGCUCCCAGUGGCUUCUACAUCGCUUCAGCAGAUGUUUCGGGCAAAAUCCGAAUCUGGGACACCACCCAGAAGGAACACCUGAUGAAGUACGAGUACCAGCCUUUUUCAGGCAAGGUCAAGGACAUCGCCUGGACUGAGGACAGCAAGAGGAUUGCUGUGGUGGGAGAGGGACGAGAAAAGUUUGGGGCUGUGUUCCUCUGGGACACAGGCUCCUCUGUGGGAGAGAUCACCGGACACAGCAAGAUCAUCAACAGUGUGGACAUUAAGCAGACGCGCCCCUAUCGCAUGGUGACCGGCGCUGAUGACAACUGUGCCACCUACUUUGAGGGACCUCCCUUCAAGUUCAAGUUUACAAUGAGUGACCAUAGCAGGUUUGUCAACUGUGUCCGCUUCUCUCCCAACGGGAACCACUACGCAUCAGCUGGAGCUGACGGCCAGAUCUUCCUCUAUGAUGGAAAGACGGGAGAGAAGAUCGACACUCUGGGCGGUGCGAAGGCCCAUGACGGGGGAAUCUACGCCGUGAGCUGGAGUCCGGAUGGCUCCAAGCUGCUCUCCGCGUCGGGAGAUAAGACGGUGAAGCUGUGGGAUGUGGGCAGCAAUUCGGUGAUCACCACCUUCAACAUGGGCAGCGAUGUCACAGACCAGCAGCUCGGCUGUCUGUGGCAGAAGGACCACCUGCUCAGCAUCUCCCUGUCCGGCUACAUCAACUACCUGGACAAGAACAACCCCGACCGGCCGCUGCGCACCAUCAAGGGACACACCAAAUCCAUUCAGUCCUUGACUGUGCAUAAAAAUGAGGGAAGGUCCUACAUCUACUCCGGCAGCCAUGACGGCCAUAUCAAUUACUGGGAUGCCGAGACCGGCGAGAACGACAACUUCCUGGGAAAGGGUCACAGCAACCUGGUGGCCAGGAUGGUGGUGGACGAGUCGGAGCAGCUGGUGUCCUGCAGCAUGGACGACACCGUGCGCUAUACCAGCCUGGCCAAGAAGGAGUACAGUGCUGCUGACUUGGUGAAGAUGGACAUGCAGCCCAAGUCUGUGUCUGUGGGACCAGGUGGCUACGCACUGGCUGUCUGCAUCGGGCAGCUGGUACUCCUGAAGGAUAAGAAGAAGGUGUUCACCCUGGAUAAUCUCGGGUACGAGCCGGAGGUGGGAACCAUUCAUCCUGGGGGCGGGACUGCCGCAGUGGGAGGAGCGGACGGGAAGGUGCGUCUGUACUCCAUCCAGGGGAACACUCUGAAGGAGGACGGGCAGACCUUGGAGGCAAAGGGACCUGUCACUGACGUGGCCUACUCCAACGACGGGGCCUUCCUGGCAGUGUGUGACGAGAAGAAAGUCAUCACCGUCUUCACCGUUGCCGACGGAUACGCACUAAAGAACGAUUUCUACGGGCACCAUGCGAAGGUGGUCUGCCUGGCCUGGUCGCCGGACAACGAGCACUUCGCCAGCGGCGGGAUGGACAUGUUGGUCUUCCUCUGGACGGUGAACGACGCUGACAAGAGAAUUAAGAUCCCAGAUGCCCAUCGGUUGCACCACGUCAGCAGCCUGGCCUGGCUGAACGAGCACACCUUGGUGACCGCAUCGCACGACUCCAGCAUCAAGCAGUGGACUGUCAAAUUCUGAGCAGCCUUGGGCCCCCCGGACCUUCAGGGACUAGAACUACUGUAGAAGACAUGGCAUUUUCGCUCACUCAAUCUUCCCGUCUCUCUCGCUGGUUCCUGUUCUCGAUGGCCCCUGAAUCGUCACGGUGACGGGCGGGGGGAAACGGUCAUAUCUAAACACGUAUGCUGUAUUUUUGAAGCUUUAGUCGGUUAACUGUUUGCACGAGAAACAAACAAACAAACAAACAAAAAAAUAGAAGCACUUAACAUUAUCUCCGGAGCUUUUAAAGAACCCUCUCUACGCUCGACAUUCCAAAGGCAGUUGCCUUAUCUCAGUUCAAAAGGAAAGAUCUGUCUAUGUGCUUAUUUCUCUGAGAGAUGUAUGUUAACAUUGUAUGCGGUGGGAUUUAGUUUUUGCCUCAUUGUGUGACUACAGGACGUUUCUGUAUCAUCCAGAACCAUCAUUAUGACGGAGUGGGUGGGAGAGGAGGAAAGAAACAGGAACUAUUAAAAGGUCUGAUGGAAAUGGAGUGUUUUCAGUGAAGCUCCUGUAUCCUACAUAUGAUUCACCAUGCCCUUGUGUAUCUCACUUUUUUGUUGCCUCCAUUAUUAUUUUUUUUUUC